GGUGUGAAAUUUGGAUUUGUUGCAGUGAUUUGGUCCCGAUAUAGGAUUGGUAUUGGUGGUUGGUGAGUGCUAGUGCUUGUGUGUGCAACAAGUGUUGGGAAUGGCAUUGAUCGUCUGACGAAAUCAUGACCCCGUGUGCCCGGCUAAUUCCAGGAGACCACAUCUUGAGGAUUUGAUGGUGAAAGCCAACAUUCCCCCAAAAAUUGUGCUUGGGACCAGCUCUCUAAUUCGCAUUUUUGUAUUUCAUUUUCGUUGGUGUCGGGGUUAAGGUAGUCUUCUUGUUUAAAACAAACAGUGUGUGUGCGUGUGUUAGUGCCUGACUAAUCCAAGUGUCGAACGAACUAUUUUUUUGAUAUUCAACAUGUUUUCAACCUUGCAAAGACCUACUUUAGAGGAACUGGAAAGGAGGCGUGCCAUGAGGGAGACGUUCUCACCGCCCAGAUCCUCCACCCUCCACCGGCGCGAGUCCAUGAUUUCGCGCGGAUUCAACGCCAUUUUCCGUCGUGACUCCAUGAUGGUUCGAAACAAAGCCGAAAUGGGACCUGGACCACGAGGACUCAACCUUCGAACCGCCACGGGAGGCCCACCAAUCACAAACAACAACAAUAACUUAGCCAAUAAACGUCUGAGUCGGGCCAUGUCGUUCAAGUAUCCGGAGCGGAUCUCACAUAUUCCACCUCCCGAGGUCACCCGUUUGCGCUCCAAGAGCCAACACAGCAUCAACGAGUAUUCCUCCGGCGGAUCCGGAUCUGGAUCCAACUCUGGAGGAUACGUGGACAUGAUCACUGACUCGGAGCCAAUCUAUGGUUUCCGAUCCCCACCCCCACCAAUUGGUGGAUGGGUUCCUCGUGAGAAAUUCAUGGUCCAAAGACGACAGAGCUACAUGCCGCCCACACUGAAUAGGGGACGACCCCGUGAGAUCUCGAACCCCGGGUCUCGGAAAAGACAGCCAUUACCGCCAGAGUUCUUCUACUCUGGUCGAUCAGACCAGCUUGAUCCAUGGAUGGAUUUUCAGCAAGAGGAUGAGAGCUAUUUCGAGGAGGACGACCACCACCACCACCACCACGACCUCUACACGGACAACUCCGAGUCGUCACCUCCCUCUGGCACCCUUCAGAGGCCCACAGUGCUCUCCCAAUCAAACACGGCCAUAUCCUCGUCCAACGUGACUCUAGCGAGUACGAAUAACCCGCCCUCCAACGGGGGUGUGCUCUCCUCAGGGAACACGGCCAUUGUUGGCGGAGGAGGAGGAGGAGGAGGAGGCCCGGGGGGUACGGGAUCCAGUCGUCGACCUUCCCCUCCAGUGGUGGCCAUGGUCUCCCGGCGGAAGAUUCUCUCCCGCUCCAGGGAUGACCUUCAUAUGGACAACGCGGCCUUCCAGUACAGGGAAGAAGAUGAUGUGUGGUAUCAAAAAGAGAAGCUAUAUAAGGAUCACAUUCUUGAAGUCUUGAAUAAAUGGGAAUCCAUCGACGACGAAAUUUGGGCCAAAGUCAUCGUGUUAGAGCGGAAUCGCAGGGUGGCCAAAGCCUACGCUCGAGCCCCUGUUCUCACGGUGAAUGGAAGCAACGAUGGAUUCGACGGAUUCAGAAUCGGAGUGAACGGAUUUGAAAAUCCCAUGCGCGAUCCAAAGACCGAAGAAUUCAAGGCCCAAAUUGGACAAGGCUGUAAGAUCAAGAUGGACGAGACCGGCAACAUCCUCAUCAAGAGGUUCAGCAAGCACUCGAUCUUCGUCAAGAACACUAUCGAAGAGAACGCAGUCAGCAAUGAUAUCCUCAAACUCCCCAACGGACUCCUGGACUUAGAAAAACCUUUUAAGUUGUUCGACAUGAAGAAAUUCCAACAGAACGUGAACCGCGAGAUGAAGCGCAACUACCCGGAUCGCCGCAAGCUCGAGUGUCAAUGCAUUUCCACCAUCGCGUUCUCGAAAAAUGAGCCCGAGCUCCUCGACUCGCCCAUUUGGAUCAUGCUCAUUAACGUGGUGGCCCUAGAGAUGCUCAAAGCGAAAAUGCCCAUGCCAUCCCUACCUAUUAGCAGUUCACAAGUGUCAUUCAGUGCAUCCUCUUCGGCCUCACCCACCCGACCCAACGGUCGUCACAGUUCAGAGCCUCGCAAGCGUUUUGUGGCCUCAGGCUCGUCGGAUGAGGACCCCUAUUCGCUAACUCCUUCCGGCUCCUCGGGCUCCUCAGGCAAGGGCAACAACAGCGGGCGAGAGAAUGGAGGAAACUCCAAUGGAAGUAGUGGCGAGAACAUUCCUCGAUUACCCCCUAGAGACAAGGAGUACUUCGGCCCUCAGAAUUGGUCCAAGGCACAACUUCGUCCCGAUUAUUCUGAUGAUAUGGAUGAGGAGAAUCACACGCUCACCAAAAGCAAAAGCCGAAUUCGACCCAGUCGGAAAAGUGAGGAAAAACGCAAACAUCACGAGUCAGGUGAUGAUCCUUAUUACUGUGGCCUUCGAGCACGUGUCCCCAAUUUCGGAAAUGGGCCCACAGGGACCACCAAGAAGGAAGGCAAAAAGGAGCGGAACUCGUCGAAGAAUGCGGUUCGAUCCCCGCCUCCGCCUUCUCGCUCGGUGCCGAACCUUCAAAACAUUGCUCAACUCCCUGGGACAGCACAUCCCUUCUGGUGGCAUUCUAGACUCUACCCUGAGGCUCCAGGGAUGGGUGAUAUCACAAACUACCACUACCCUGGUCGAAUGGCUCCGGGUAAUCGUGGUUACCGGUCGGCAUUCCUGGGCCCACCCCAAACCCCUCAGCAGCCUCAUCGCCAACAGGCGGUCUUUCGGACUGGUUGGGAAUAGAUCGACCGGGAUUGUCUCCUAGUCAUUGUCACUAAGAUGUCGAAGACCCAACCAGUCAUGAGAGUCGUCCUUUCUAAUGCCCAAACCCUUCUAAAUACCUACCUGCCAUGUCGAUUUACGCCUUACAUUCAACAACCACACUUUUUAGUCAUGAUGAUCUGUGUUUUGGUAACUUUGUAGUGUGAUUACGUACCUUGAUGUCUAAUCUUCAUAGACACUUUCAAAACGAGGCCAAUGGGACGAUUUGGAUGGAACAAAACUCGUCGCUAAGGAUCGCUUGGCGUACGAUAUGUUAUGCCAUUUAAAAAAAAAUCCCAUUUCUGCCAUAUACAACCAAUCCCAUAUGUACGUGUGUGCUUCGUAUAAGACACAUCAUUGGAUAUUUCUUUAAACAUCCUUUCCUCUUUUCUUCUUCCAAUUGGCGGGGUUUGGAUCGGCUUUACACUCAUUUGCAAAUCUCCCCCUGUCAUUUCUUCAAAGCUUGGUCCAUCUUUCUUUGAUCCUUAGUAUUCAUGCAGAUAUGAGAAACCUUGAAGUGGAACGUGCCAUGAUGUUCCAAGGGCAGAGUUCACCAAGUACGUGUUCGUUAGUCUUUCCUGAGAAGCUCGAACCAAUAACCUUCAUCACUCGAUCGCUUGAGUUGAGAGUAGAACGAAGAAAGUAACGCGGUACCGAAAGUGAUAAAAAUUGGUCCACACACUUGUGGUGGUUAUAGUAUUUCCGUUCCUUGUUUUCAGACUAAAGCAAACACAUAUGCCAAUCUUUUCCACUGUGAUCCCCGUCCUUGCCACUUCAGAACUCGGAAAAAAACUCGUUUAAGAACAUUAUUCGUAGACCUGAAAAUCUGUAAAUACCCCGAUUCAAAACCCAACCCAAUCCAAACUGGGCCACUGUCAUUCGUGACCUUCAGUAAAAAAAAAAAUUGUUCCCACCCGCUUUGUUGUAAUUUUUCAUUCUAUCCCUGUCUCUAAAUGUUUCUCUUUUUUCUCUUACUACUUCUCAUCAUUGUACAUAAAUCGACCUUGGAAUAAUAAAAUGUCUUGUAUAUGGGAAA